AUGAAGGGCCAAUUCCCCAUCACUCCCGGCCACGAGAUCAUCAGGCGCGUGGCGGCCCUAGCCGACAAUGUCCCAGUGGAAGGCAAUUGCCAGACCUGUCGCAAGGGCCAUUUCCAAAUGUGCCAGUUGGGGAUUAUCAACGGCGUGACCAAGAGCGGUGGAUAUGCUCAAUACUGUAUCCUUCGAGGGGAAGCGGGCGUCCGCAUUCCCCAACAUAUGGACGAAGCUAGGUACGCCCCGAUCCUCUGCACCCGGAGUCACCGUCUUCAACUCGAUGCGCCAAAUGAAUGUUCCCAUUUAAGGACUGGGCGGUCUCGGCCACCUCGCCAUUCAAUAUGCGAACCGGUUCGGCUACCGGUCGUGGCCCUGUCCCGGGAUUCGACGAAGGAAAAGUUUGUGCGGGAACUAGGUGCUCACGAAUACAUUGAUAGCAGUAAGGAAGAAGCGGCGCAGGCACUGCAGAAGCUCGGAGGUGCUUCCCUCAUCGUCGCCACAGCGCCGAAUGCCCAAGUCAUUUCGCCUCUGGUGAACGGGCCCGGUAUUAUGGUUCCGGGAGAAGUGUCCAUUGAUAUCCGGCCGACGAUCGAACGCGGCCUGUCGAUUCAUGGAUGGCCCAGCGGUCACGCGAUUGACUCCGAGGAUGCCAUUCAAUUCACGGAAUUGGAGGGCAUCAACUACAUGGUGGAGACCUAUCCGCUGCAGAAAGCCCGCGAAGCCUUCGGUGAGCUUCUGUCCCUAGGUCUUGAUCGGGCGCUGGUUUCAGAGAAGCCAUGUGCCAGGGGAGUGUCCGGUUCCGCGCCGUGA